CCCCCCCCGCCAUUAUAUAGAGGCAAACGUUUAGAAACCUUUCUUAAUUUAUCACACUCAAUCUCCAAGUCAUAUUUAAGCUAAAUGCAAUAGAGUGUUAGAAUAACAAUUAAAACCCUGUUGAACAACAACAGGCGUGGCGAAACGCUGUGACGGCAAUCGUCAUUUGAAAAAGGUUCCUGAACAACGGCGCUUUGGUAUCAUUUAGCAAACCAUUUUGCACGCAAAACCUCAAAGAAUGUGGAAAGAGUUGGACGAAGCGGAUAAGGAAGAAAUUUGUCAAGUAAGAAAGGAGAACGAAGAGAAACAACGACAUCCGGAACCUGUUUCCAAGACUCGAAUUGUGCUACACAUCGAUGAUGCCCAACAUCGAGUUAAUUGUCGAGUCAAAGAAGAAGUUGAAGAUCCGCAGCGCCCUCAUGUUAAUGACGAGAACGAUGCGCAGCCCAUCAAUGUCAAAGAGGAAGAGGAUGAGUUCCCACUGACCGUCGUGGUAGUUAAGGCUGAAGAUGCCGAAAACGCCCUACCUGAGUUGUCACAGCUUCGUGGUUAUAGCCCGAGAGAGGACCAUUGCGGAAGUUCCCCGCUGUCCCGUAGCGACGACAUCGCAGAUACCAACAAUACAGAUGACGACAAACUCUCAGGAAACGGGACGGGCAAAGGACGCUUCAACUGCUCGGUCUGUGGCAAGAGCUAUGCGUACAGGUGCAGUUUGACGCGUCACACGCGGACGCACACGGGUGAAAAACACUUUGCUUGUUCUGUUUGCAGCGCCAAAUUUGUCCGAAAGGUGGCACUGAUUGCGCAUGUCGCCACACACACCGGGAAGAAAAUCGUUUGCGUGCUCUGUGUGUGUAAGAGUUACUCUUACCAGAGCAGUCUAAACGCGCACAUGCAGACACACAACGCAGAGAAGCCCUUCAGGUGUUCGGUCUGCAGCGAAGGCUUUAUUCAGAAAGUAGCUUUGAUUGCCCAUAUGACGACGCACACCGGCGAGAAGUCAUUCUCUUGUUCGGUGUGCGGGAAAACCUUUUCUUAUAAAAGCAACUUAAAUAUACACAUGCGUACGCACAAAGAGGAAAAGUCCUUCAGUUGUUCGGUUUGCGACAAGAGAUUCUACCUGAAGUCCAUUAUGGUAUUGCACAUGAGAACGCACAGUGGAGAAAAACCUUUUAGCUGCUCCGUUUGUGGUCAGAGGUUCACGCGGAAGGUGAACAUGAUUAAACACAUCAGAUCACACACGGGUCUAAAUGACACUCAGAAUGUUUUAAAUUAAAAUUGAAAGUUGUGUUUCAAAUCAACUUUGUAUGUGUUUUUUCAAUCGCCGUUAAAGUUCUCGUAAAUUUAAAUAUGCUCAGUAGUUUAUUGUUCAUCUCAUAUGAUGCUGAUGCUUUUUAUUUUGCUGUUUUGUUUUGCAACUCUUUCUUAUUCACUUUUUUUAUUAUUUUUUAUUUUUUCAUUUAUUGUCAUGUGGUGUGUAUUGCUCCACAUAUAAAUAACUGGAAGU